AAUCUGUGCAGGAGUCAGUCUCAGUCAGGACACAACAUGGAUAUGAGGGUCCCCACUCAGCUCCUCAGCCUCCUGCUGCUCUGGCUUCCAGGUGCCAUAUGUGACAUCCAGAUGACCCAGGCUUCAUCCAUCCUGCCUGUAUCUCUACAAGGAACAGUCAGCAUCACCUGCCGGGCCAGCCAGGACAUUAGCAAGUGGUUAGCCUGGUACCAGCAGAAACCAGGAAAAGCUCCAAAGCUCCUGAUCUAUGAAGCAUCCAAAUUGCAAACUGGGGUCCCUUCCCGCUUCAGUGGCAGUGGAUAUGGGACAGAUUUCACUCUCACCAUCAACAAUAUAGAGGCUGAAGAUGUUGCAACUUACUACUGUGAACAGUAUAACAGUUACCCUCUCACAGCAUGUAGCAUUGUAGAAAGAGCACUUUUUUCCUGUGCCAUUAGUGCUGACCCUCUGCAGCCAUCAGAGCCACUGCCUGGUCACAACCUGCGCAGGAGUCAGUCCCAGUCAGGACACAGCAUGGACAUGAGGGUCCCCACUCAGCUCCUCAGCCUCCUGCUGCUCUGGCUCCCAGGUGCCAUAUGUGACAUUCAGAUGACCCAGGCUUCAUCCAUCAUGCCAGCAUCUCUAAGAGGAACAAUCAGCAUCACCUGCCGGGCCAGUCAGGGUAUUACUAAUGAUGUGGCCUGGUACCAGCAGAAACCAGGAAAGGCUCCAAAGCUCCUGAUCUAUGAAGCAUCCAGUUUGCAAACCGGGGUCCCUUCCCGCUUCAGUGGCAGUGGAUAUGGGACAGAUUUCACUCUCACCAUCAACAAUCUAGAGGCUGAAGAUUCUGCAACUUAUUACUGUCAACAGUAUAACAGUUACCCUCUGACGUUCGGCCAAGGGACCAAGUUGGAAAUCAAACGGGCUAAUACUAGCCCAUCUGUCACCCUGUUCUUACCAUCUGCGGAGCAGUUACAGACUGGAAAAGCCUCUCUCGUAUGCUUUCUAAGACGCUUCUAUCCCAGAAAAGCUGAUGUCAAGUGGAAAGCUGAUGGAGUUGUCCUAAAUACGGGCAUUGAGAACAGCUUCACAGAGCAGGACGCCAAGGACAGCACGUACAGUCUCAGCAGCAUCCUGACGAUGAACAGUGAUGAAUUCAACAAUCAUGAAACAUAUACCUGUGAGGUCAUUCAUGAGAGUGUGUCCUCCCCCAUCGUCAGGAGCAUCAGAAGGCAGUAGUCUCAGAGUGAGAGGCUCCAUCACCCUGCCUCUACCCUGACACCUCCAGUCCUUUUCUCACAAGACAUCUACCCCUACUUUAGUCCUUCAGCCCCCUCCUCCUCCUCCUCAUGGUUUUAAUCAUGGUAACAUUUGUGGCAGAAGGAACAAAUAAAGUGAAUCUUUGCACUUGAAA